UGAAGAUGAAGUCGUUGCUACUGCUAGCCGUUCUAGGCUGCGCCCUGUCUGUCACUGCGUCCGAGUACGUUCGCGGGUGCUACUACACCAACUGGUCCCAGUACAGACCUAAGGGGGGCACCUUCUGGCCCGAGGAUAUCGACCCAUUCCUGUGCACACAUAUCCUUUUCUCGUUUGCAAAAGUCAAUCAGACCACACACAAGCUAGACAUCUACGAGGAAAAUGACCAUGAGCUUUACCAGCGAAUCAACGCGUUGAAGAAGAUCAACCCGAAACUCAAGACCCAGAUAGCCGUGGGGGGCUGGGUUCAUGAAGAGAAGAACAGUCCUUUCUCAAAGAUGGUCGCGACGAAAGAAAAGCGUUCGAUCUUCGUCAAAUCUUGCAUAGAUGUCCUGAGGAAGUUUGGGUUUGACGGACUGGAUCUGGACUGGGAAUACCCCGGAAUGCGCGGAGGAUCUCCUAAGAGCGACAAGGGAAGAUUCACUUUACUUUGCCGUGAGCUGAGAGAGGCGUUUGAGGCUGAGGCGAAGGCAUCAGGCAAAGAGCGCAUGCUCUUGACAGCAGCAGUUGCUGCGGGACUCUGGACCAUCAAGGGCGCCUAUGAUAUCGCCGAUAUCGCUGAACCGCUGGACUGGAUUAAUCUAAUGACGUAUGACCUCCACGGCACGUGGGAAUACAAGACCGGACACCACACUGCCAUGGGUCCGGACGGGGACAAGUUGACGCUGCCAUUCGCAAUUUGGUACUGGAUGAACAAUAGAGACACAUGGGAAAAACCUGGAAUCAGGAAGGGAAUGCCGGCUAACAAGAUCGUGCUUGGCCUGGCCACUUAUGGGCGUGCAUUCGGUCUGUCGAGCCCUGCAACAAACGGACUGGACUCCGCCCGAGAUUACCAAUACACGCCCAAGGGCAAGUACACCGUCGCCGAGGGAUUCCUCGCCUACUACGAGAUCUGCAAGAGGGGACUCACCGUAGUCCACAAGAACAAAGCCAACGCACCGUAUGGUUACAAGGGCAAGGACUGGAUCGGCUUUGACGACCCAAAUAGUCUCGUUUACAAGAUCGACAACGUGGUGAAGAAGAACCAGCUACGUGGUGUCAUGUUCUGGGCCAUCGAUCUGGACGACUUUAGCGGUGAGCACUGCGGACAAGGAAAAUACCCUCUGAUUAGCGCAGUCAAGAAUUACCUGACCGACGGGGUACAGCCCACUUUCCCACCAGCCACCGCCCCUCCACAGACCCUCCCACCUGCUACAGACCCCCCCAGCGCUACUACAGCCGCACCCAUCCCUCCGUCACCAGGCACCACCCAGGACCCCCCACCCGUCACCACAGCCGCCCCACGCCCACCAACUACUGCCCCGGGGGGAGGGGGCACAAGUGGGAAUUGCGUCGCUACUGGAGCAUGGGCUGGCCAUGCUAAGAUGGAUGCGUGGUGUGCGAGCAACUGCGCCCUUGGGAAUUGCCCGUCGACGCACUGCAAGUGUCAUUGAAUCCUUGUGCAAAAAAAAUGUGCAAGGAAUAGCCCAAUAAUGUGUAUGUAGAACAGGCGUUAAUAUACAAUAAAAUGUCUUUUAUUUACUAAA